UUAAUCAUUUAAAAGUCCUUUUAUUGGACAUAAAUGGACAGUGACCACGCCAAUCAGUAAUCGAUCUUCUUUUUUCUUCAUAUCUAAAUUCAUUUUAUGCUAUGCUUUGGAUGCCGGAGAGUGCUUUUAAAUAACUUUCAGUCCGUCAAUUACUAUUAUGUCUUAUUGGUAAAGACUUUGAUGCCCUGUGGAGAUGUAUUUCAAAUUAACUUUCUGCAUUUUGCAUGUAUUGAUUAUUCCUAAAGAUGUAUCGUCACUGUGUUUGACUUGGACGUCGUCUGCUGAUGACAUCAUUAGGUCUCAUUGCUACUGGUAUGUAGAGCUGAGCAAGGCCGUUUCCUUUUUCGAGGCCGAUGAUAUUUGUGCAUCAAAUGGAGGUCGACUUGCCCCAUUUGUUGACAGCUGGCAAUAUUCGAUUAUAGAAAACAUGCGCCCAUACACAACGCCAGAUACUUUUAUUGGAGUCAUAGAUAUUGGAAAAGAAAACACUUGGACCCAACUAGAUGGCACAAAAAUAGACAGCUCGUUCACAAACACAUUCGAUUUAAAUAAUAAUCAACCGAACGGCGGAAACAGUCAGAAUUGUAUCGUGAUUGACAUGGAACCUCACCAUUACUUCCGGCCCGACAAAACCCAAGACAAGUCUUGCUUCUCGUCGUUUAAAACGACGGCCAUGAUCUGCUAUGCAGACAAGAAAGAAUUCUGCUACGUUUGGAUGUCGGUAAAUGACGGGAAACUCCGCGAGCACUGCUACUGGCUGACCACCAAGCCAAGGUCCAGCAGUCGUUGGAAUUUCAUUGACGCACUCUCUCUGUGCACGGCAGAAGGGGGCACCCUGGCACCGGCAAUAGACGAGAUGCAGCUGGCAUUCAUCCGGGAAACCUUGACAGGCAUAUUCCAAUCACCGAAUGCCACUUGUACCGGAGUAUGGAUGGGAUCCAACACCAUACGUGGAUAUACCUGGAAUUGGAAUAACGACCCAAAUUUCCUCUCCAUUCCUCUGGGAAAUCUAACUCCCGAAAAAUGUCUGCGUCUGAAGAAAGACACGCUGGAUGCAGCGUACAUCUCUUGUAACUCUGACCUCUCAGAUGUACGUGGUGCCGUCUGCUUCAGAAAUACUACAGGACAGAUACUGACAACUCCUACAACAACAACACCAACAACGACAACACAGACACACCCACCGACUACAUCAACAACAUCUACAACCACUACUACAACAUUACCAACGACAACAACAACUAGCGCGACGACAACACCGCCAACAACUAGCGAGGUCCCCAGUGUCCUUAACCUGACAUACCUAGAACAGGUCAAGGUCGCCCUGACGGUGGACCCUAAAGAAACGAGUGCUUUUAAGGCCACCCUUAACUGCGCAGAGGACAACCGCUUUGUGUCGAAAUGUAUGGGUUACACCGGGGUAGCGGUCAUAUCCGGGAUAUUUGUGACAAUUUUAUUCUUAGACGUCAAACUCCUGAUAUCAUGUAGAUAAAUGGCGAGGAGUAAUCAAAAUGAAGAUUCGAAUUUUCUUCUUUUCUUAAGUACAAUUUUGCAUAAUAUUUACUGUUGUGCGAUUGUUGAAGAUUCUACUUUCGAAUUGUUACAUGAGGUUUAUUUGAUAUUCGCAUUGAUCGUGUUUUAAUGUAUCUAAAUUAAAAUUUUACCAUAUUGUUUGAUGUUUAACAAUAAAAAUCAAUUCGCUAAUAAAGUUGACUGUAAAGUGACCUACACGCUAUUCAGAAAUUUUAGUACGCAUUAAUCAUAAUAAAAUGAAAACAAAUCGAUGUAAAAUUAUUGGUCUGCAUAAACACUUACUAGCUAAAUAUUGCAAAAUAAAAGAGAGUAAAUCUUAUAAUUCAUGAAUUAAUAACUCUUCACCAACGAGAGUAGUUUACCUCAAACAAAUGAAUGUCCACAUGUACAUCUGUACAAGUGGAUAGGGCUGUGCCUUAUCUAGAUGUAUGUAACAAGAUAUCGUAUAUACCCAUAACUACAGUACUUACAUGUGUCAUUAUAACUGAUUGGUCCGAAUUUUUUUUUCUUAAUCAUCUAUUACAGUAUUAAAUAUUGUUCAAAACAAAACAGUUAUCGUGAAAAGUUAUAGACUUUCACUUUUUUACAGCAGCAGAUUUUGUCCUUUAUCUUUCUAAGAUAUUCAGAGUAAAUAAAAAAAUAAUUUCGUAUGAUACAUCUACAGGAAUACGUACAAAAAAAUCUCCAUCAAACGAACAAAAUUGACACAGACAUUCUAAGAGAAUAAUCAUAACUAAGCAAUGCAUAUCUCCUGCCAAUAUCCCGAAUUUUAAAACAAAUGUCGUUUAAUGUGCUUAAUAAAACUGGAGAAAAUUCUAGAAAAGACGUUUUUAAUGAACAAUUAAGCAACAUUUAUAAUAAUAAAAAAAAUAAUUGUUUAAAAACAAAUAUUUCAUUUCUGUGCAUCCAUUUGUUUGUCUACUAUACAGCAAUGUUUAAUUUGUUUACACCCACAGAACCUCAAACUUCCCACACAUCCUCAAAGUUUAAGAUAAAAAUGUAACAUAAAUAACAAUAUGAUCUUUAAUGGGGACAAAACAUGUAAUAUAAUCCAAAUUUUUAUUGAUUCAUUUAAGACUAGCAGCUUUUAUUUAAAAAUCAUCCACAUAUCAACCGUAGAUACAUUGUAUAAGUUGAAAUUUAAGAUGGUAAGAUGGCUAAUUUAAAAACUUUACUAAACUGAAAUUGAUUUGUUAUAUUCUACAUAAAUACAUUUCU